AAUAUUCAACAAGAACUGGCAGAAAGAGAAGCAACUGUUUUGACAAUGAAAGCACCAGGUAAUAUACCAGCUGUCCAGGCUGAGGAGCUGUCCAAUAUCUGGGACAGGGUCAACCACCUCAGUGACGUCAGAGAAGUCAAGCUCAAGGAAGCUCUUAAACUGGCUGAGGAGUUCCAGGAUGUAGUGACGGAGAUGAGAGAAUAUCUGCCUCAUGCAGAGGCUCAGCUGAAAUUCCGAGCUCUCCCAGAAGAUGAGAUGGUCAUCCUGCAGUUUAUAGAGAAACAUGAGAAAUUUCAAGAAGAUUUACGGAAGCAUCAGGACAGCGUGGACAAGAUCAAAAGUUUAGCAGAAGAUAUCUUGCAGAGUUGUCACCCCAACGCUGUCAGGUUUGUCAAGUACUACCUGACCAUCACACAGACCAGAUGGGACCAGCUGCUACAGAGGGCAGCAAACAGAGGUCAGAGGUUACAAGAGGCCCUUCGGAACAUUCAAGGCAAUGCAGCUUUGCUAGAAGAGCUCCUGGCAUGGCUGACAGAUGCCCAGGCUCUCCUUGCCACCAAAGAGCGUGAUCCUAUUCCUGAUGAUUUGAAGGUUGUGGAGGCACUGCUGAAGGAACAUCUG